CAGAAAAAAUAGUGAACCAGUGGACAACAAGAAGACAACAGAUUACCAGCAAAGUUUUGCCAGAAAAGGACCGUACAAAAUCUAGAAAAAAAUGGAUCCCGAUAAGUCUUCAAAUGUGCCUCUAUCCAACUGGAAUUCAACAGAGAAGCAGUCCGCACCACCACCAUACCACGACAACCCAGGAUACCCUAACCCUGGAUAUCCUCCACCAGCGGGUUACCCGAGCCCUUCAGGAUAUCCUGCACAGCAAUACGGCGCUCCUGUCCAGCAAUACGGACCUCCAGGUGGUCAGCCAUAUGUACAGGCCCCUUAUCCAGGACAGGCUCCUUAUCCAGGACAGGCUCCUUAUCCAGGACAGCCUCCGAUCACUGUACAGCCGACAGUUUAUGUGGUCCCGACUCCUCUGGCCACUCCUUUGCCAGACUACCUGGGUUACUCCAUUUUUACCAUGCUUUGCUGCUGUUUACCUUUAGGCGUUGCUGCUCUGGUUUACUCCAUCUCUACUCGAAAUGCAAACAUGUCUGGACAUCAACAAAUAGCAGAGAAAAACUCCCGAAUGGCGCGCAUCCUUAACCACUCUGCUCUUGGUAUCGGCCUCACCUUCCUAGUGUUGUACAUCAUCUACAUCAUCGUCAUGUUCGUCUAUCUUCAAAACCAUUGACCAUAGAGGGUCCAGUGAGAGAUUUCCAAUUAUUAAUACCACAUACAAUGUUACAAAUAUAAUUUUAUAUACACGUUUGAUAUACUGCCUUUAAAUGUAUAAUGAAUACAUCUUUUUAUGCUUAACAUUAAUUGGUGAAACAUUAAUGAUUCAGCAUGUUUAUUCAGACUGACCAAUUUAUGUCCAGGCUUUUAUAAUCCACUGAAUUAAAACAAAUGCUUUGAAUGUUUCAUUUUUUUACAGAAUAUAAGCUUUGUGGUAAAAGUAUCAUAACAGAGAUAUUGAACUUGAUAACAAAGACAUUUGUUGUUUUUAAAUACAAAUUGUAUUAAUACUUCAGGUGACCAAAAUGUAAAUGCAUUUGCAAUUCACAGUACGGUACAUUCUCACUGAAUAUAACCACAUAGCUGGUUUAUUUUAUUGUCUCCUGUUAUACUGUCCUGUCCCAAAAAUAUAUCCUAGAAUUCUGUAUAGAUCAAUUCAUAGAUCCUUAUUCAUAUCUGAGAUCAAAAGAAAAUAAAAAUAUAUAUGGAAAUCGUCA